AUGCCGUCUCUCCUCCUGGUUGUCUUCACCCUGCAGCUGUUGCUCCACAUCAUCAACACCGUGGGCGCAUCCACGGUCAACGACCUGCUAUGGAUCCUGUACAAUAAGCUGCCGACGCCAACAUCUGGGUCUGCGCAGAGAUGCCAGGCCCUCAAAAAGGAUAUUGUGCGCUUGAAGCGCGAGCUGGGCAACACGUCGCCUCAGGACAACUUCUCAAAAUGGGCCAAGCUCGACAGGCAGCACAACAAGGCUAUGGCUGAGUUCCAGAAGCUAGAUGGUUCCCUGCGCUCGCACCAGUCCACCUUCACUUCCGCCGUCUCGACCCUGCGCUGGCUUGGCACCCAAGGCCUUCGAUUUGUUCUACAGUUCUGGUUCUCCAAGUCGCCUAUGUUCUGGGUACCUGCUGGGUGGGUGCCAUACUACGUCGAAUGGGUGCUGAGUUUCCCGCGCGCACCUCUGGGAAGCGUGAGCAUAAACAUAUGGGGUAUCGCGUGCGCAAGUAUGAUCGCGCUGGCAGCAGAGGCAGUAGCUGCGGUUUGGGUACUGGUCAUGCGCAAACCAACACCUGUGGCGGCAGAGAAGCAGCGCGAGAAGCACGAUGCUAUGGCCUUCAGCGCAGACCAGAAGCCUGCAGAGAAGAAAGAAUUGUGA